AUGUUGAACAUCAGCGACUUGCCAACGCAUCCUCUCACCUCCACAAGAUGGGAGUGUCUCCUGCAGCCGCUGUGGGACUAUCUGCUUCUGCACCACCUGCCUCUCAUCUCGUCCCCUUUCUUCCCAGUCCUGCUUGCUUUUUGCAGCUACUUCUUCUUCAGCUUACCUUUUGCAGUCAUGGACCUGUUGGGAGAAAGGGCUCCUUUAUUCCACCAGUACAAGAUCCAGCCGCAGAGGCAGCCCACACUUGGAAUGAUGGCCAGGAGCUUGCUGACAGCUCUUUUUAACCACAUCUUCUUUGUCCUACCAAGUGUGAUGGUCAGCAUGUUCAUCCUUCCUCCACCAGCGAUACCUCAGGAAGCUCCCGCCCUUCGCAACAUCUUCAUAGAUGGACUGGCUCUUCUUCUACUCUUUGACACUCAGUACUACAUCUGGCAUUUUAUACACCACAAACACAAGCAGCUUUAUCGUUUCAUCCACGCCAUCCACCACGAAUACACGGCGCCUUUUUCCUGGUCCACCGAGCACCUCAGCAUCCCAGAGCUGAUAACGGUUGGACUCUGGAGCAACCAGGACCCCGUUCUUCUCAAGUGUCACCCUCUUACAAUGUGGUGCGUCACGGUGCUCAGUAUCUGGAUGUCAGUGGAGGACCACAUUGGCUACGAUUUGCCGUGGAGCCUCAAUCGGCUGGUGCCCUUCGGCCUGCUGGGGGGCGCACCGGCUCAUGACAUGCACCAUCAGAGACCCAGCAGCAACUACGCUCCCUUUUUUAGCCACUGGGACAGAAUAUUUGGUACGGCAGUCUCACUGAGGGACAAAAAAGAUGUUAGGUUGGCUACAUAAUG